AUGGCCGCUACUACUGACAACGUGACUGAAGCUGUCGCCAACCUCAACAUCAAGGAGGAGGCCCCCGUUGCUUCCGAGCCUGCCGAGGUGACCGAGACAGUCGAGGAGGAGGUGACCCCCGCGGAGCCCUUCAGCACCGUGUUCGACUCCAAGACUGAGUUUGCCACCGUCCACAAGCUGACCACCCCCUGGACUCUGUGGUACAUCAAGCCCCCUUCCCCCGCGGUUGCCUGGCACGAUCUGAUCAAGGAGGUGGUGUCGUUCGACACCGUUGAGGGCUUCUGGGCGGUGUACAACAACAUCCCCAAGCUGGUGGAGCUACCCAUCCGGUCGGACUAUGCAUUUUUCAGAAAGGGCAUCCGGCCCGAGUGGGAGUGUGACUCCAACAAGGCCGGCGGCAAGUGGUUCUACCAGUUCAAGCCCAAGUCUGCCAACGAGUUUGACGAGAUUUGGCUCCACACGGUGCUGUCUGUGAUUGGCGAGAGCCUCGAGACCGACGAGGAGAUUGCCAAGCACGAGGGCAAGUACAACAACGUGGACGGCUCGGCCUCCAACGUGAACGGCAUUUUUGUCAACAUCCGAAAGGCCGGUGUGCGGUUCAACGUCUGGACCAAGACCUCCGAGGUGACCGACGAGCUGCGCCAGAUGGGCGUCAAGAUCAAGCAGGUGCUGCGUCUGCCCGAGAAGGAGGAGGUCCAGUUCCAGUCCCAUGAGGAGUCGGCCUCCAAGAACGUCAAGUCGCAGGGCAAGACCAGACUGGCGGUUUAG